GGAGGAUAGUGCUGUGUACCUGUCAGGCCUGGGGACCGUGGGGCUGGAGGUGUAUGAGCAGGUGCCAAAGCUGGAUGCUGUGAUUUUCCCUGCAGGAGGCCACUGUGGCUUGCUGGCAGGGUCGGCUGCUACACUCAAAUACCUCAACCCACAUAUUUCUGUAAUUGGGGUUGAAUCUGAAAGUUUCCCUGUAUUGCAACAUUCCCUAAAGGCUGGCCACCCAGCUGAAGACCAGGCCUGCAACAAUCAUCACUUUUAUGGAGAUGUGAGUGGAGUUUGCUUUGGCAGCAAUUCUUUGCAGCUGACUGGGAAACUUGUGGAUAAAGUUGUUGCUGUGAGGGAGGAGGACAUCCUCAUUUCCAUGCUGAGAUUGCUGGAGUAUGAGCGAGCCACGGUUGAUGCAGAAGGAGCCAUUGGACUUGCAGCAUUGGUGGCAGGGAAACUGCCUGAGUUGAAGGGUAAAAGAGUGGCAGUUGUUAUAUGCAGUGGAAACCUGGAAUUACAUUUGCUGCAACAGUGCAUAGCUCGUGCCCUGACCCUUGACAACACAGUGUGCAGAUUUUCCCUUGUGAUUUCUGACUGCCCAGGAGACAUGUCAAAGCUACUGGAAAUUUUGGCUCGGGAAGAAGCAAGAGUUUUGGAUAUCAAACAAGAACGCACAUUUGUGACAUCUGAGCUCUUCACUGUUGAGGUCAUCUGCACUGUAGAGACCAGAGACAAGAUCCACACAGCCCAGCUGAGGAAUGCGCUCUUGGAACGCUACCCCACAACUACCUGGACUCAGCGGUGAUGGGCAGAGCCCAAGGGAAGGGACCGGGGUCCUCUGACAAGUAUUUUACAGAGCCCUAAUCUUGAGGCUUUCAGAACACAUGUUAUCUUUCAAAGCUGAACAGUUAGCAAAUAGUUUCAGGAUAUUUAUUUCCUGCUCAAAAGGUAGUGAAUGUCUUUGGGGAAAAAAGUUAAAUGCAAGACUUUAGCUUAGCUAAGGGAAACUUCUAGUCUCUGCUGGUGUUGGAAUUCAAUAAUUCUUUAUCAGCUGGCUGGCUGGAUUUUGGCUAGUGUGUAGAAUCCAAUGAUACUCAGUAAAUAAACAGGGAGAAGGCAUUUCUCUUUACAUCUGAAUAUAGAUCUCUCAAAGGUCUUCUGAUUUUGAUGCUCCUAGUUAAAGUAAUACAGCUCCUUCUGCUGGACUUUGCCAUACUGCUAGUACAGAAAUUUUCUGUUUCCAAGCCAGAAGCAGUUUUCCAUUUGAUAAAUCUGCUUCAGGAGGUAUAUACAUGUGUGUUUGAACACACUUCUGUUCUAACUUUGCUAUCAUGUGAGGAAAAAUUAUGCUAAUAAAAUGUGAUUUAAACAAAAGCAAAAAAACUCAUUGGAAGAUAAAAGCCAAUAUUGUAUUUUUUUUUUCCAAGGGAAAAUGAUGCAAUUUACAAAAUAAGAUUCCAGAAUAUGUUGCAGAAAUAAUAAAAAAAAAGUGUUCUGAAUACAAUUAGACCUGAUACACAGAACACAAAUGUAAUUCUCUCCUCAAUUUUUGGAGACUCGGUAUAAAAAGUAGUAUAUAAAAUGGCUUGUGUUUCUAUAUAAAAAGGGAUCUCUCCACCCAUGUGAAUUUUGUAACUAGCAUUCCACUGAUCAUCUUAGUCUGUCUAAAACAGACUCUAUCCAUCUCACCUGACGGAUUAAGUACACAGUUAAGAGUGAAAUAUAUUUAAAGACCACAUGUUAAUAGCCAGAGGCAGUGCUGGGAAAAGAGGAAGCCUAAGUCUUAGGCACAUGGCUAAUACAAUUAACAAAGAACACAUUGACCUAAAUACCAUUUCAUCACUACAGGCAGAGACCUACCGAUAAUAUAACAGAGUGGGAUGGUAAGAAAUGUAACAGAAAUUCAGGCUCACUUCCAAAUGUGUGUACAAUGGUUGCUUUUCCAUUUGGGCAAAAUUUUAUUUAAGCCCAGCUACAACAGAGCAAAUAUGCUGAAUUUAAUUGGGAUUUACCAAAAUUUUGGGUAUAGGUAUUUUAAUGAGAGAUCUUAAUCCUGCUUCUACCAUCAAGUUUAUAAAUAGGUAUAUAAAAUAAAUAUUAUGUAUUUAGCAGUGCCCUAGCAAAAGCUCAGGGGAAAAUCCAGCAGAGUGAGCAUCCUCACAGGCUGCAGGGGAUCAAUACUCUGUUCCUUCUUAUUGUGGCUCAUGAAGAAGCAGGAGUUAUAGAGUCUCACAGUGGUGGACAAAAAAUAGAAGUUCACUGAUUUGGUCUGGAUUUGGAAGAACCAUAUUGGUUUGCACAUGAAACUGAAAAGUAUUGAUGCCCCAAAGGUUAGUUUUGUUCCCUUCUUGCCAUCCAGUAUGAUGGGUAUAGGCUUUGGUCCUGCAAAUCAAAGCCUGUCAGACACAGCUCCUCUCUUCAUGGUCAGAAGAGUUUAAGAAAUCUGUAUGGAAAUAGAUGACAGACUAUAUAUUACAUAAUUGCUACUUCCAUUGAAACAAGCAACGAACAACAUCAUCAAAAAUGUAAAAUCACUAUAAAUAAGGGUAUAAUUACCCCCUCAUGUCUUUUGCAAAACUCUCAGGAAAUUUUGAGGAUGUCUCAGGUAUCCACAUGAGAAGAAAAUGGGACUUAAUAACCAAUGUUCUCAGUAGUGGCUUCUGCUGUCUGAGUACUUGGUUUAUGGUCUUGUAUUAUCCUGGACUCUUUUUUAGAAGCUCAGAGCAUUAACAACUUCCUUUCUAAUCAGUCUUCACAAAACUGGGGUGAGAAGAUGUAGCAGACAGAGGAACCAAAAAUCGAUGCGCCUGAAAUCACCACAGGAUUUUGAAAGUGUGUUGGGGGGGGGAAGAAAGGAAAGUGAUGUCUAGAAGCUACUUAAAAUGUCAAACUUGAUAUGUGCAGUUUGGUUUUAUUUUUAUUGUUUUAAGCAUGAACAUACAUAAAAGUCUAAAUCACUCUCCAGUGAUAAACACUUUAUAUGUGAAUAUAAUGAAACAGAAUUGAUUAUCAUUCUGUAUUGCCUUUAUUCAAGUCCAUUGGCUUCAAAGAUAAAAUUAAUAUCUUCCAAGGGGAAAAAAAUAUCAAAAUUAAACGUUUAAAGGAAUGUAUGCAAUUGGAAAGAGUAAUGAAA